ACUUAGCACCCGCCUUGCUAGGGCGAUUUCUGACUGGUGAUGAACUCGGUCAUUUCCAAACAUGCAGUGGCUGUCACUCUUUGCCCUGUGCUUCGUGGCCGUCGCCGCCGCCGAGACCGUUGCGCCCGGGACGCCGGACCCCGCGACAUGCAAGCUCCAGUUCCUGAGCCCGUGCAAGAAAGAUCUCGACUGCGGUACGCUCAACGGGUAUAACCUGACGUGCAUCGUGUCGGGUACGAACCGCCAGUGCGGCUGCAAGGGCGGCGUCUCCAAGACCUCCGAGUGCAUUCGGACGACGCCGGACGGGUCGGUGCCGCAGUUUGGUCUCUGCACCGACUCGCUCCAGUGCUCGUCGGGCCUUGGCUUCACCGACUACAUCCUCGAACUCAACGAAAAGCCGACGCGGCGUUGUGCGGAAGCGCUUCAUUGCAUCCAAGAAGUGAACGACACGCCAGGCGUCGUCCUCACCAAGCAGUGCCUCACGUGCGGCAGUUGCCGCGCGCAGUACCUCGCCGGCAAGCGUUUCGACUGCGACUCGAUUUGCCCGGCGACGCCCGAGCCCCCGACCACCGAACCUCUCCCGACGACCCCGACGCGGGCGCCCAAGACGUCGGAGCCGCCCACGACGCCCCCCAGCUCGUUUGCGUCCGCCGUCGCCGUCAGUGGUGUUGCCCUUGGCGCCAUCGCGGUCGCAGCACUCGUGUAAAUAACUACACAAUAUACUUCUGUUUCUUCCUUGUAGAUUGUUCUAUAUCUAUAUGCAUGUGCAUUAGCCCGAAUCUUGCUACACAAAUCAAGCGUAAACCCUUGCACAACAUCAACCAUACUUCGAAUACCGCGAGGCCAUUAGAUGAAAAUUAGCCAAUAAACGGUUCUCUGCGUCAUAUAUUAUCCAAUCAAACGCUCUCAA